UGCCUCAGACGUCCAGCUGCCCAGCCUGCAGUGACCAACCCAUCUAUGGGAUACCGGGACUUAGGACUUUGGCUGUUUGACUGCCAAACACAUUUUCUGAUCUGAAAGCUACAGAAGACCCUUCAAUAGAAUACACUGCUGAACAAGUUCUUUUGGGAAUUUUUUCACCUAUGGUUACUAAGUAUGGAAACAACGCGUGGCAUAUUUUGGGGAGAAAUCGUACUGGUACUCCUUUCCGUCUGUAAAGGUGCUUCAGGCCUGUACUUCCCGCAGAGUGAUUACUCCGAGAGCAUUUACAUCGGGCAGCCUGCUGGGUCGCCCGUGCUUCAGGUCUUCGCCAUGCGGGACAAGGACUCCGAGAGGCCCCACUUCUACCUGUGCUGGCAGAACCCUUCAAGAGCUCCGCACUACGCAUCCUGGUUCCACAUGGAUGAGGCCACAGGAAUGAUCAGCAUGAAUAAAACACUGGAGUGGGACGACUUCGGCUCUGUGUAUCCAAGCUCCAUGAUGUCCUUCAAGAAGCUCAGCCUGAAGGCUAUAUUCGCCAUUGGACCAGUGCAGAGAGCCAGCUGCCACCUCCGGAACACAGUGGGGAUCAACCUCAUCUUCAUCAACGCCACAGCGCCCCCUUGUGACGAGAUCACGCUGGAGAAGCUCUGUUUCCCCGACAAGGAAGUGACCCCUCACAUCACAGAGAACCGUAUGCCUGGGCCGCUGUACCAGCUGAGGAGGCUGACCAGAUCCCACCUGUGCCUCAACUACACCAUCAGCUAUGGUGUUGAUGCAGACGAUCCAGUGCCAUUCGAGGUGAACGACACCACCUCUGAACUGCUGGUGACGAGGCCUGUGGACCGGGAGGAGAGGGAGAUGUACCGCAUGCAGAUCGUCUGCAAAGUGGAGACGGGGGAGACCAUCAACAAACUGUUCCUCCCUAUGCACGUGAACAUCUACGACGAGAACGACAACCCGCCAUACGUCAACGGCACAGACACCGAGGAUGUGGUGGUGGAGUUCAAUCGAAUGAAAGGGGCUGUUUUUGGAAACUUGUCUGUUUAUGACAGGGACACCACACCAAUCUACCCGAAAGAUCACCCUCAGAACAAGCUUACUGGUACCAUGAUCACAAAUGACACCUGGACCAAAAACAUGUUUAUCGUGGACCACUCAUUCCGAGAAGAAAAGGCCAUUUUUGGGAAUGUGCGGGGCACCAUCCAUGAGUACAAACUGAUCCUCAAUAAGAACCUGUCCAUCCUGGAGAACAGAUCCUUUCAAAUGGACUAUCUGUUAAAGGACUUAUCAUACGAAGGGGGGGACGUGAACGUGAUGCUGCACUUCAACAUCACCAUUCUGCCCGUGCCCAUUCGCUUCACCAACGUCAGCUAUGUGUUCACCGUCUCAAGAAAAUCCACUAUGUUCUCAAAGAUUGGAAGGGUCUGUGUGGACAACUGCCAGAAAUUUCAGGGCAUUGACGUGGAAUACCAGCUGGAGAUUGUCGACAGGAACACGUCAGUAGACUUGCAGUCCUGCUUCUCAGCGGUGGGCAUUGGCCGCAGCCUGAGGGACGUUUCAGGGAUGUUGUACGUGAACGACACUGAGGUGCUUCGUCGGGCCGAAUGCCAAGAACUUCAAUAUGUUGUGGUCGCAACGGAGCAGCAGCUGCAACUGCAGGCCAGGACCCAGCUGCUUGUCAUCUUUGAAGAUGAAUAUGCUCAGGAGGAGUUUGUGGACCAGCGCAUGUUGUCAUGUGCGGAGAAGAGGAAACGAGGGGAAUGUGAAGCAUUCCGGGGACUGGGAACGCCAACAGGGAGAUGCCAGUGGAGACAAAGCACAGAUAAAGGCAUAUCGCAGAAUUACUCCACCUGCUCUCCAGACCUGCGAACCUGCCCUGAUGGUUUCUGUGAUGUAGUGGAAAGAAAAGAUACAAUAUGUCCUCAGGACUGCACAAGGAACACUAUUAUUGGGGGACACGAGGCAGGCCUGAUGUUUGGAAUCAAAGCUGGCUAUGGAACCUGCUACUGCUUCUCAGAGAAAUGCUUCUGUGAAAAGGAUGACAUAGAGGAGGCCAUGUGUGACGAUGUCUGCAAGACCAUCAUCGCCACGGCCGUGCUCCUCUCCUUCGUCGUCUCCAUCCUCCUCUCCUCCUACUACAUCCACCGCUACCACAAGAACACGCCCAAGCCGCCCAUCGCCUCUGCGGAGAUGACCUUCCGCCGGCCCGCCCAGUCCUACCCCAUCAGCUACUCGGCCAAUAACAUGCGGCGAGGCUCUCUGGACUCCAUGGAGAACCAAGUGGCCAUCGACAACUUCAAAAUACCGGAGGAUCCAAAAUGGGAGUUCCCACGUAAGAAUCUGGUGUUGGGUAAGACUCUCGGAGAGGGAGAGUUCGGAAAGGUGGUGAAGGCAACAGCAUUCCGACUGAAGGGGAAAGCUGGAUACACCACUGUUGCUGUUAAAAUGUUGAAAGAAAAUGCCUCUCACAGUGAACUUCGUGACCUCAUGUCUGAGUUCACCCUGUUGAAGCAGGUCAACCAUCCACAUGUCAUAAAGAUGUAUGGAGCCUGCACCCAAGAUGGUCCACUGUAUCUGAUCGUGGAGUAUGCCAAGUAUGGGUCUCUGCGUAACUUCCUGCGAGAGAGCCGGAAGGUGGGGCCCAGCUACAUGAGCAACGAUGGCAACCGUAACUCUAGCUACCUGGAGAACCCAGACGAGAGGGCACUCACCCAGGGCGACCUGAUCUCCUUCGCUUGGCAGAUUUCAAGAGGCAUGCAGUACCUGGCAGAAAUGAAGCUUGUUCACAGAGACCUUGCUGCAAGAAAUGUUUUGGUUGCUGAAGGACGGAAGAUGAAGAUUUCAGACUUUGGCUUGUCACGAGACGUGUAUGAGGAAGACUCCUAUGUUAAGCGAAGCAAGGGUCGCAUUCCUGUGAAAUGGAUGGCAAUAGAGUCUCUGUUUGAUCACAUCUACACAACCCAAAGUGAUGUCUGGUCAUUUGGUGUUCUUCUGUGGGAGAUCAUGACUCUUGGAGGAAAUCCCUACCCAGGCAUCGCACCUGAGAGGCUCUUCAACCUUCUGAAGACAGGCUACCGCAUGGAAAAACCAGAGAACUGCUCUGAAGAAAUGUACAAUCUGAUGCUUCGAUGCUGGAAACAGGAAUCCGACAAACGAUCAACAUUCACAGAGAUCAGCAAGGAGUUGGAGAAGAUGAUGGUGAAAAGUCGAGAUUACCUGGACCUGGCGGCUUCCACGCCAGCCGACGCCCUCCUCUACGAUGACGCCCUCUCUGAAGAGGACACACCACUAGUGGACUGUAAUAACGCCCCACUCCCUCGAAACCUCCCCUCCACUUGGAUUGAAAACAAGCUCUAUGGCAUGUCAUACCCGAACUGGCCAGAGAGGAGCCCGGUACAGCUCAACAGACUUGAUGGCACUAACCCUGUCUUUUCAAGAUAUGCCAAUGAUAGUGUUUAUGCAAACUGGAUUGCUUUGCCUACGUCUGCAAAAAUUGUGGACAAGCUUGACAGUUAAAAGCAAAAACAGUUUAUGGAAAAGACUCAAACAACUGGACAGAUGUGUAUAUUUAUAAAUAUAUAUAUAUAUAUUGGAAGAAAUGAUGUGUACAUAUUCCCUGAUGCUAAAGGUGGUUCCCUUUUAUUUCUGUUGCACGAGCAAUUCAAAAUGGAGAUGAAGGUUACAGUGCACAGCCGAAUGGCUGGAACCUCCUAUACUGUGCCAUGCUUCAAGCAGCACCUUGGUAUGUCAUUCGUUACCUCAAGGUCCUGUCGGCCAUCUUGUAUUAUUGCAUGACUGUGUACACGGUUCAAUGUCCAUGUUAAUGUCUUUCAAGUGCCUGUGCAGCUUCUAUUAUAUCCUCCAGUUUAAACAAUAAAACUGUUUAGGCCUAAGAAGAUCUAGUUGCCAGUCCAGGAAUGAAAGGGAGCGUCUUUUCCAUCAUUUACUUUUCAAAGUUGUGUGUGGAUGAGGGUAGAGAAGAAAUGACGCAGCAUUCAUCUGGGGAAGGUGCAAAAAAACAAAAAAUAAAAAAAUGAAAUGACAGGAUAUUGAAGGGAAAUUAUUUAUUUUUCUUAUUUUUUUAAGUUCCUUUAAAAAAUAUUCCAGAUGGGAUUUGCCAAAGAUAUUUGUUUUCAAUAAUUUCCUCAACUUGUCAAAAAGCAGUUAUUACAUGCUCUGUGAAGGAUGUCUCGACCAUUAUGGUUAUGUCCAGGUAGUAUCAUGUUAUGAUUUACUGUUGACUUCCCUGUGCAGUUUCUUUGUGCAACAGAUGUGAAUGAGUGGGAUUACCAAUUAUGUUGUUAAUAACAUGAUAACGUCACCAUCAAUAAAAAUGUUAAGGUAUGUUG